CGAGGGCUUUGCCUUGCGUCACUUCCGGCGACACCUCCCAGCCAAUGCGCCUCCGCCACAGCGAGAGCAGCCCCGCCCCUUAAAGUCGCAGGCCUCCUGGCGCUAAAGCCCACGCCCCCCUGGACGGCGGCGGCCCCACUCAGCCACCAGGGGGCAGAGCCCAUGAGCGGGCGAUUUCCCGGACCCGCCCCCCUCGGCUCGGGAAAGCUAAAGCGUGGCAGGGGCCGGGCCGGGGAAGCGGAGGAGGCGGGUCUCCAUAGAAACCUCCACCUGUUUCCGGCCAGGCUGUGAGAGAUUAGGGGCUGCAGCGGGGGCCAAUCUCAGGCAGCUCGCUUCUUCCCAGCGGCCUCUGCGGGAGUGGUGGGUGUUGUACACAAUCAUCAUGGCGGCGGCCGGGGCCCCGGAUGGCAUGGAGGAACCUGGCAUGGACACGGAGGCCGAGACGGUAGCGACCGAGGCGCCCGCGCGGCCCCUCAACUGCGUAGAGGCCGAAGCAGCGGCGGGGGCGGCGGCCGAGGACUCCUGCGCCGAGCGAGGCAGCCUGCAGCCGGCCCCGGCCCAGCCCCCUGGGGACCCCGCGGCCCAGGCCUCGGUCAGCAAUGGCGAGGACGCGGGCGGCGGCGCAGGCAGGGAGCUGGUGGACCUGAAGAUCAUCUGGAAUAAGACCAAGCACGACGUGAAGUUCCCCUUGGAUAGCACAGGCUCCGAGCUAAAACAGAAGAUUCACUCGAUUACAGGUCUCCCUCCUGCCAUGCAGAAAGUCAUGUAUAAGGGACUCGUCCCCGAGGAUAAGACAUUGAGAGAGAUAAAAGUGACCAGUGGGGCCAAGAUCAUGGUGGUUGGCUCCACGAUAAAUGAUGUUUUAGCAGUAAACACACCCAAAGAUGCUGCGCAACAGGAUGCAAAGGCCGAAGAGAACAAGAAGGAGCCUCUCUGCCGGCAGAAACAACACAGGAAAGUGUUGGAUAAAGGCAAGCCUGAAGAUGUGAUGCCGUCUGUUAAGGGUGCCCAGGAGCGCCUGCCGGCGGUACCCUUGUCUGGCAUGUACAAUAAGUCCGGAGGAAAAGUGAGACUCACCUUUAAGCUAGAGCAAGACCAGCUGUGGAUCGGCACUAAAGAGCGGACUGAGAAAUUGCCCAUGGGCUCCAUUAAAAAUGUGGUCAGUGAACCUAUCGAAGGACAUGAAGACUAUCAUAUGAUGGCGUUUCAGUUGGGCCCCACGGAAGCCUCUUACUACUGGGUGUACUGGGUUCCAACUCAAUAUGUGGAUGCAAUCAAAGACACUGUGCUGGGGAAAUGGCAGUAUUUUUGAAAGCACUUUCACCUCUGGCCCAGGAGACUGACCCAAAGUGAAGGACAUUGCCGGGAGAGGCCUGCAGCAUCCCUGGAUUUCAGAGUUCUGGAACUUUGUUCAAAAUCAAAUCUAUAUUCAAUCUAAGGUGAUGUGGUGACUGAAGCCAGAGGUGAUGUACUUUCACCAUUAGCUUAAUUUUAACUUAAAAUCACCGGUUCCCUUUCUUGCAGUCAGCUUCAUACCAUUUUUAAAGUUAAAACGGUAGAAAUCAAUAAAUUUGACUUCCGAACAUGUUGUGUGGAAUACUCUUAAGUGUGUUUGAGAGUAGAUCUGCCAAUUAUGUUGAGAAGGGAACGAUCAAAAGCUUUCUGGUUUUUUUUUUUAAGUGAUUUCAACUGAAAUAUUUUCAUAAAUCUUUGGUUGCAAACAUUUGGACUGCAUUGUGAUGAGUUGGGUUGUAUUUUUUUCCUUUUUCAUAUAAAAUUGUAUGCGAAAUGGGGGGGUUAGUAAGCCAUAUAUUUCUAUCCAUUGAUUCAGAUUUAAUUCUUUCCCUUUUUUCAUUUUCUCACUUCCUAGAUAUUAGUUUUUGUUUUAAAAACCCAAAGAUGUCAGUUCCUCUUUUAGUACCUCAUCAACGCUUCCUCUCCUGGGCUCCCUCCUGCCGUGCUGCUGCUGCUUGUGAAUGCACGGUGGGAGAGGAAGAGGUCUUUGGUCUUUGUCAGGGAGCUCUCACACUUGCUGUGGUGUUUGUUGAGCAGCAGAGUAUCUCACAGUGACUCCUGUCUAAACGUCUUGCCCUGUGGGCCCCCAUCUCUGGGGAGCUCCACGGCUGGUCUGCAGCCCUCACUGAGCUUGGCUUUGAGGCCCAGCCUGGCAUGGGUGUGCCUGGGCUGUGUUGCUCGAAAGCCCCAGCUCCCAGGCAGACAAAGGCCUCUUCAAGGAGGAGCCAGGUAGGAGAUAGUUUAUACCGCCACAUAACCACAGAUCCAGAUACCUUCUUUCUUUGGAAGUUUUCAAGAAAUUCUUAAGCAGUCCAAUGGUUAUUUCAAUUAUGCUUCUCCAUUUGGCCCUUCUGCUCAUGCAUUAAGUUCAAGUGUCCUUUAUCCCAGGUUCAGAGAUGCUGCCUUCCUCCGUAAGAAGACAUCUGUCUUAGUGGGUUGGCCACUGUCAUUCGAACAACGAAAGUGGGAUAAAUUGCUUUCAUGAUUAGCUCACCCUCUUCUGGUUUUUUACCCCUUUUGUUGUUUGUACACGUGAACUUCUGUCCAUCUCCUUCUGGCUUGAGUGACUCUGAAAUGAGGGAAAGUCUCUUGGUGAACGAUAUCCUUUGUGCUGUUUGCUGUUUCUCUGCUGCUGUCUUUGCAAUUCUCCUCUCACUGGUUGCAGGCUCUCAUAGUACAAUUUGGCGAGAAAUCUUCCAAACUUCACAUUUUGGAUUCUAGGCUGUUACUCCUCAUUCUGUGAAACGUAUUAGCAUGUAUUCGCCUAAGAUGACUGUUCCUUGUGAGCCAGUUAAUGAUGAUAUUCUGUGCCCUUCCCUUCUAAGCUGUAGUUCAGGAAUCCAGCCCACGUAGACAGACUCUUGCUUUCUGUGGUGUAGUCAGUGCCAAGUUCUGCAUCUGAGCAGGAAAAUCUACUCUUUGCUUUUUUGGGGGCAUAAGUAUACAUGUGAAGUGCAGCAUCCAAGAAACUGCCUGUUUUUCAUCCCUUGAAAAAGGAGUGGUCAUUGCAGCUUUUCUGUCCUUGUUGGCCUGCAGUUCCUGGGGAAAAGAGUGCUUCUUUGCUACUUGUGCAAGCCUCCCUCUAUGGGUGACAGGUCUAUGGAGGAAAUGAUAUGUAUUAAUAGCAAGGAGAGCAUCAUCUCGGUUCGAAUACUGCCCCCUCUGUUUGCCAACACCCCAGUCCUAGAGACUUGUUUUGAUAGUGCCGCACACCCACUUUUGAGCUCUCAAGCGGGCAUCUCCGUCCCCAGACUGGCCUUGCUGCUCCCCGCGGCCCCUCCUCCCAUUCCCCUCACUUGCCCUGCUCUGGCGGCUCCCCAUGCGACAGCCCUUCCUCCCAGCGAGAGCACGUUUUCCAGCAUUUUCCAUCGUCUCCCCGCUCCCCGAGGGCCAACCGCUUCUCACUCAGGCUGGUGUCAUUUCAGGAGGACCAAAGCCUGUGUGAGCCUUUUUAUUUUUAAGUACAAUGGUGCUUUUUUCCUUACUUCGAAAUAUUAUAUAUCAAUAACAUAAAUGACACCUUUUCCCACGGAGCCGUUUGAGCAUGGCUUCCCGGAGCUCACAGACUCUGCUCCGGCCGUCUUGAGCUCUGGCUCCUCGCCCUGUCUGCGUGGAAGACCCUGCUCUGGAAGCUCUCAGGAGAGGAGAGGUAGACCGCGUCAGAAGCCACUGGGAGAAGUGUUUCAGGUCUGUGUCUGGGUCACAGCAGUAUUCACUAUUUUGUCACUCGGUCCCACGAGCAGUCUCUUCAUGUAUUUCUUACAGUCUGGAGUGUGCUGACUAAAUACUGUGUAAGCAAAUUGAAAUACUCUUUCCCCUUAGGUAGCAUCACAGUGUUUAUUUUUUUCCUCAGGAUUAUUUCUGUACAAUUUCUUCACUGUCCGAGGGGACCGGAUCUUUCCGUCACUGUGGCAGAGGGCAUGCUGUGGAUAGAGGAAGAGCUGGUUCCGGGAGAGGGACUCUAACAGUGUUACCUGUAGCUAGAGGUCGAGGGCUGGCCCACCCACUGCCCCAGUGGUCGAGGAGGCUGCUAGCUCUUCCGUGUUGGACACCUGUCUGAGCUUGCUGAUGGGCUUCUUUCUUUUACAGAAUUUGUUCCGGUGAUCCUCCUGCAGGUCUUUGCUCACAGACAUCAUGCCUUUCUUUCCCUGCCUGAGGCACCUUGGCAGAAUAAUAUGACAGUAUAAUCCCUGCUGAGCCCAGUCCCCGUCAGCUGUUUCAGACAGUCAAAUCAGAGAAUUUAGAAAGACUCAUGAGUUGCUGGAACUCCUUGGUAUUAAGUAUUUUAAUCCAAGAUGGGCCUUUUGCAAGUAGCGUUAGCUCUUUUUAAAGAAAGUUUAACUGAGCUAAGUAAGGAUGCACUUUGUUAUAAUCUUGUGGUCAUAGUAGGGUCCCAGGUGAGGCCCUCAGUAGGCUCCUUAGUUGCUGCUUUACCUUAUGAGGGCCAAAGAGAUUAAUUGCCACGUUGCCACAUCUCAGAAGAGUUGCCAUAUUUCACCCAGAAGGGGCUUGUUUUCCUCUUCUUUCUUAACCAUGUGCCUGGAGGAGCGCUCUGGGCUCUUGCACUUGGCCCACCCUUUCUUUGCCAGGGGCAGGGAAGGGACAGGGAAUGGAUUCAGUGUGCCAAGGGCUGUGCAAGGGCAGGCCUUCUUUCCACCCAUCCGCUGAGGGAGCCGUCUUUCUCUCGCUCCUUGCCACUGUUCAUGCUUGUUGUCUUGGAAAAGGAUGGUCCCUUUGUCUUAAGGCUUUGUGAUAAAGUCAUCUCCAGUUAGCAUUGGCGCCUGUUUCCUCUUAAUAGGGCCUCGAGGCCUUUCUGAAGUUACAGGCAGUCAGGAGCCCUCUGAUGUGCAGAACAUCUGGUAGAUUUACCUGCCAGGCUGGGUGGUUCUACUGCUUUCUAGAUUUCUAAGAACCUCUUUCUUUUUCUUUUUUAAAGAGUUCUGCAGAAUUAUUUGACAGUAAAUGUAAGUACCAUGUUUCCUUGUGGUGUACGCUCUGUUCUGGUUUCUGUUUUUAAAUCAAAUGCCUGUUUGGGAGGAGAUGAACGUAUUUAGUCUAUUAGAUUUGCGCUGCUGGAUUUUUUUUUUUUUUUAAAGUGUAACCUUGACUAGCUGUCUUAUUGUUUAUCCUGUAAGAUUAGUCUAUCAAUUAAAGUUUGAUAAUUAA